CCGGAAGUCGGAUGAAUAAAAAAUGGUGUGUGACGUGGAUCUGCCAAAUCAGAAAAAUAUGAGUCAGGUUUUGUGAAUAUCAGCCCAAAACACACCACUCAAGCAAUGUCAGAGGGUAAACAACAACAGUCUACCUAUAAGGGGUGGCUAUAUAAGUGGACAAAUUAUUUAAAAGGCUAUCAGAAGCGAUGGUUUGUGCUUCAGAAUGGUCUUCUGUCUUACUACAGGAAUCAGGCAGAGAUGACCCACACAUGUCGGGGAACCAUCAACCUGGCUGCAGCCUUUAUAACAACAUCCGAUUCCUGCACAAUAAUUAUCUCCAGUGGGGGCAACCACACAUUUCACCUGAAGGCUACAUCAGAGGUUGAUCGUCAGAAGUGGGUCACUGCCCUUGAACUGGCAAAGGCUGAUGCUCAGCGAAUGCUGGAGCCAGACAGUGAUGAGGAGGAGCAGGACAAGACAGACAUACAGACGACUAUCAAGACACUCGGCUCCAAAAUGGAGGAUCUGAACACGUGUAAUGACCUCAUCGGCAAGCACGGCAGCGCUCUCCAGAGGGCCCUCUCAGAGCUUGAGCAGCUGGACGGCACCCCAGACGUGUCCAGUAAGGUCAAGGUCAUCAACGAGCGGGCAACCAUGUUCAGGAUCACAUCAAAUGCUAUGAUCAAUGCAUGUGCAGAGUUCCUGGAGCUGUGUCAGACAGAUGGCAAGAAAUGGUACAAGAUGCUGGAACACGAGUACAACCAGAAACUGAAGCUGCAAGAGCUGCUGGAACAGUGUGCCAAGGAGCAGAACACUCUCGAGAUGCAGGCCAAGAAGAUACGGCCCGGAGCCGAAAGCCCAGGAGGGUUUAUGUCAGGCUCGGAUGACGAUGACUGGGAAGACGCACAGGAUGUUGUGGACACUACCCCCAUGACGGCCACCCAGCCAGCUGGACACAGGCGGACUGCGAGCGGUGUCAGCCUGGAGGUGGAAUGUGAACAGUACAGUGACGCUUCAGACACUGACGAAACAGAUGCUGUUGAAAAUAACGAAGUUGGGGUCUAUGAAGCUAAAACAAAAAAGACAAAGAAAAAAACCAAUAGGACAAACACAUCAAAUCAUGGGUCAGCUCCCGCCGAAGUUCCAAAUGUAGCGGACCCGUCAAUACCAAGGAAAAAGAGGCGGCAAUCAAUUCCUCACAGACCCAACUACAGUCUCAAUUUGUGGGGAAUCAUGAAGAACUGCAUUGGAAAGGAGCUUAGUAAAAUACCAAUGCCUGUAAACUUUAGUGAACCAUUGUCAAUGCUGCAAAGAAUAACAGAGGACUUUGAAUACUCAAGUCUGCUGGAUCAGGCUGCGAUGUGUGAGGACUCCACGGAGCAGCUCGCAUAUGUGACGGUGUUCACCAUCUCCUCAUUUUCAACCACCAUUAACCGGACGACGAAGCCAUUCAACCCCCUCCUGGGGGAGACGUAUGAGUGUGACCGGCGGGAUGAUAUGGGCUGGAGGUCACUAGCAGAACAGGUGAGCCACCACCCCCCUACUGCUGCCCUGGCCACUGAGAGCCAAGAGUGGACCCUGUGGCAGGAGUUUACCAUGGGCAGCAAGUUCCGUGGCAAAUACCUUCAGAUUAUACCCACUGGUAUAGCUCAUCUCGUCUUUCACAAGUCCCAAAACCACUACACAUGGCGUAAGGUGACGACGACAGUACACAAUAUCAUUGUGGGCAAGCUCUGGGUGGAUCACCAUGGAGAGAUGGACAUUAAGAACCACAAGACUGGUGACAACUGUCACCUCAAGUACUACCCUUACAGCUACUUCUCUCGGGAAAAACCCAGGAAGGUGACCGGUAUGGUGACAGAUGCAAGCAGUGUGGCCAAGUGGUACAUCACUGGGACGUGGGACACCCAGAUGGACAUUGCCCAGGUUCUACAGGUGGACGAGUCUGCAAAACGACCUGUUAUCGCUCAUGGACCCAAACGGACCAUAUGGAAAAGAGUAGAACCUCCGCCGGGGGACAAGAUGUACUACUUCACGCAGCUGGCCCUACAGCUGAAUGAGCCAGAGGAGGGCGUUGCCCCAACAGAUGCCCGGAAUCGCCCAGAUCAGCGUGCCAUGGAGAUUGGGGCAUGGGACGAGGCCAACAGAAUAAAGGUCCAGCUGGAGGAAAAACAGAGAGCUAGGAGAAAGAAGAUGGAGGCCGAGGCUGAAGCUGCCCUCAAACGAGGUGAGGAGCCUCCAGUCCACAAGCCCAUGUGGUUCGAGCGUUCUAAGGACCCGGUAACCGGUGAGAUGGUGUACAUGUCAAACAACCGCUACUGGAAGUGCCGCGAGACCCAGGAAUGGGCCGGAUGCCCGGACAUCUAUCUGUGAUAAACCCCCCCAACAUACACACACACUCACACUUACACAAAUGCGGAGAAUACCAACUGUUAAAUCCAGCAGCCUCAUGUUGAGGUUGUGGCGAGGUUAUAUGGCAGACUGCUUGGUGUGCCUUGGACUUACAGGGCUAUGGUCUAUGGAACAUUACUACCCCAGUUUACAGCAAUAAUGGGAAAAAUCAUUAUGAAAUCAUGAAAAGCUGGCUAAUUCUCAUGCAUUUAUAAUGGGAUAGUGUUUGUUAAAAGUCUGAAUGAAAUAUGUUCACUGUUCAUCAAAAGGAGUUGAGGAGCACAAGUUUUACAUAUAUUGCACCAAGUUGGAUUUCUCCUGUGGAGAUCAAUACACAUGUGCAUGAAGUCGUUACUGAAACUGUUAUAUGUGGUCAACACAUUUUCCAUGGACUGUAUUGAAUUGCAUGUAUGUUUUCACAAACUUGAAUAUGAUAUUGAAAGGAAAUGUGAUCAAUUAAACUGCUUUUCAUGGCAUGAAUGGUUUAAAAUGUUUACACUUGAAUGCUUUGUGCUUGCAUGUGGACUGUGCCGUAGAGAGAUGCCUGUGAUUGUUCACAUCAAUUCACAGUGUACUAUAGAAAAAUAAAUAUUCUAUAGCUGUUAUGAAAUCAUCCAAAAUGAUCUUUAAAUUGAUAGUGUGCUAUGUGAUUUAUCAUGUUACUGUUUAAUUUUAUUAAUUCGGAGUGUGUUUUUUUCCUGCAUUUCUCUGUUUCAGUCACUGAUGUUUUUUAUUCAUGAACUUUAUUUAUUUUUUUCAUGAACUUUAUUAUUUGGUGUUGUUUUUUUCUACUUUGAUAUGCAUAACCUUAUAUUUAUUGAUGAUACUCUCUGGAUGCUUACCUGACAACUAAAUUCUUUUAUUGCAUAAAUAUUCAAUUUACUGCACGACCAUGGACAUUUAAUGUGUUUUUUAUGAUCAUUUUAAUGGCAUUGUGCAUUCAUUGAUACUUGGAGGGUACAUGUUAACAUGAAAUAAUAAGCCUAGCAAUUUAAUUCAGAGUGGUUUGUACUGAACUAGAACGCAAAUAUGUGGCACAAUGGAGCUAUUUUGAUAGUUGAAGAAGUGCUUGCCAUGCCAUUCAGUGAUUUUUUGCGAAUAACAUCUUUUUAAAACCAAUCAUGCUGGCACAUAAAUGUUCAUGUAGUUCAUUUUUGAAUACAUUUAAACUUUUUAAUGCUGCAAUUUACAUAAAGUUAUCUAAACAGUUUAUGGGCGUUGAAAAUAGGUUUUUAUGAUUUUUGAAAUAAGAGCACUAGUUAUGUGAGGAACUUGAUUGAGAAUGUUUAUGGUUGUUUACAAAAACAUUGUAUUGUAGGUUACUGGUAUAUGUACACAUGCACUAUGUGUUUGAGCGUAACUGAGCAUCGAAAACAUACACAUUCACGCAAGUAGCAUUAAUAUGCAUGUAACAUUGGUGUUUUAUAGGAUUAAAGGAUUCAGUAUCAUUUGUACUGACAUAAUCUAAAGUUUGACCUGAUGCCUGGGGAGGGUCAUAAUGUCUUUAUUCAAGCUUAUCUCGUUGGGGUCCCCUUGGCUUCUCAGUAGAGGAACCCCGGUCUCUCUGCUAAGUAACCUCAGCUUCUCUGUUGGGUUACCUCAGCAUCUUUUGUGAGGGUAACCUCGGCUUCUCUUUUGAGGGUUACCUUGUUUUCUCUUUUGGUGUAACUUCAGCAUCUUUGUUGGAUAACCUCGGCUUCUCUUUGGGAUACCCCCGACAUCCCCUGUGGGGUAACCUCAGCUUCUCUGUAGGGUGCCUUCAGGUUCUCUUCUGGGGUACGCUUUGCUUCUCUUCUGGGGGUUUCACUGUUUAGUAACCUCAGCAUCGGUUGGGGGUAACCUCAGUUUCUCUGUAACCUUGACUUCUUUGAAGAGGGUAAUUUUGGCUUCUCUGUUGAAGGUAACCUCCACUUUACUUUGGAGUAACCUCUUAGUUUAACAAGUGCAAUGAUUUGUUGUUACAUUGAAUAUGUUAUUUAUAAAUGAUUACUAAUGUACAUUGUAUGAUGUUCAGAUUUGAACCAUUUGUCAUUAAAACUAUUGAAAUAUUGCUAAUAAAUGCAAUUAAAUACCCAG